AUGUCUUUUCUUUGGAAUUGGUUAGCUGGAUCAUUUCAAGAUUUAUUAACAUACUGGUUUUCUAGUAAACCAUCAACAGUUUUAUUAAUUGGUUUAGAUCAUGCCGGAAAAACAACAUUAACCGGUCGGUUAACAAAUAACCGUCUCAUACAAGCUCCGCCCACAUCCCAACCCAUUCAUCAUCAAGUACAAGUGGGUAAAGUCACCAUUGGUCUCACUGAUCUAGGUGGACAUAUACAAGCACGACGUCUGUGGAAAGACUAUUACUUUAGUUCAAGUUCAAUCAUAUUCGUCGUUGAUGCGAGCGAUCGUAAACGAUUCAACGAAGUCCGAUAUGAGUUGUUGAAUCUGUUAGAUGAUGAUGAUAUGAGUCAAGUGCCCAUGUUGAUACUGGGAAAUAAAAUUGAUUGUCCCGAUGCAUCUAGUUACACCGAACUUGUGCAAUUACUCGGAAUUGAACGGUAUUUGUGCGACGAGCCAAACCGAAAAGUGAAAUUGUGCAUGUGUAGCAUUGCUAACGACGAAGGCUAUGGCGAUGGAAUUCGCUGGCUCGUUCGACAGCAACAGUAA